AUGGUCUACACAAUAACCGUGCACCUCCGAGCCAAAUCUUCGGAUCCGGCCAUCGUCCAAAAGCUCAAAAACAAGCUCAUCGAAGCUUCCCGCGUGUACUCCAAAGACAAGGAAACUCUGUCGUGGUUCGUCAUGCAGUCUGUCCACGACGAACGAGAUUUCACCAUUGUCGAGAGGUACGAACAGGAAAGCAGCCAGAAGUACCACCUGGAGAAUCCCUAUUGGAAGACAUUUGACCCGUAUGUCAAGCCGCUUCUUGAAGGGGAGAUGGAUUUGAGACGGUUUGAGGAAUUGGACACGAGCAAGGACGUGGUCGUGGAAUGA